AUGUUCGGAGCUAUGUGGACAGAAUGGCGAGAGAUGACGUACUACAGAGUUGAUCCCUACCCUCAAUUCUCACCUGCUCAUCCACACCCGGGAGGAGCGCAUGAGGAGAUCGCGUCUGGCCACCAGAGCAGGCCCAUUCAGCCAAUCUCCCUGUCCGCCUGCCCAGGACCCAAGGCUGGCAUGCCCAUUCCUCGCGCCCCCCUGAAGUACUACAAGACCCCCGAGACACAUCCCAUUCCCUUGGUUGGUGACUACAAGCUUGUCAACUUGGACAACAGCAAGUGCCUGACCUACAGGGAUAGGUAUUCCAUGUACACCGACGACGCUCUUGGCAUCACAUAUCGCCAAGACCUGGAUGAGGAGAUGGAGGAGACCAGGAGGAAAAAAGCCGCUCUGUACGACGAUGAUCCCGACAACUUGAAGCCGACUGCAAGUACUGCGAGCAAUGGCGCUGCUAUCACAGGAGGUCAAGGAGCCUUUGGAGGUCAGGGAAAGAGCGGAAAUUCGAGCAGGCAGAGGAGGCCUGCCAACAAGUCUUCCUCCUCCGCAUCAUCGACGACCACGGCUAGUCAUGCCAAGGCAACCAAAAUCGCGCCCUUCAACAAUACGGAUCCGCUGUAUGGCCCUCAGAAGCCGGCAAACUGGCACGAGGGUGAUUGGGAAAGAUAUUUGCGGGACCGGACGUGGAGGGCGAACUUGCGAUCCGAAGAGUUGGGCCCGAUCUCUUUCCCAGACUGGCGCGCUCUCAUGGACGCCUGCUUCGAGAAACGUGAACGCGAGCGUGGACGAGCGGCUGGAGUGGACCCCUACGAUCCGACCUCGCAGCCGCUUGCAGACGUCAUUGCGCAAGAGAUGAUGGACGAGGACAUCCCCGCUAAGUUCAAGACUACACCAGAGACCAAACGAACAGCGCUUGUCAUGCGUGCUUACGAGGGCUACGUGUGGCGCGAGGACGAUAUCCUCAAUAUGAGAGCUCUGAUUGGCGAGCUUUCUCUGAACAACCCCAACACACCUUACGACAUCAGAAUUUUGGUCGAGGUGCAUGGCCGCCACUUAUCCGUCUUUACGUCGGAGUGGGACCGAUUGAACGUGCUGAGGUCGAGCGUUCCACGCGAAUUCUGGGGCAUGGUGGAGCUAUGGACGGAGGACGAGAUGUGUGCUCUUUACCCAGGACUACCUGGGAAGUUCCUCAACCACAUGAUUGCGCAGAGCUCUUACCGCAGCUGCUUGAUGGCGCUCCAGAAGUUCUAUCUCGACCACCAAGAGUACGACUUCGUUUGGAAUUGGGAGAUGGAUGUCAGAUAUAUUGGCAAUUACCUGGAUUACUUUGAAGGUAUCGAAGAGUACUCCCGAAAAGAACCUCUGCACGUGGGCAUGGACAAGUAUGAUAGCUGGUUCGUGCGCAACGUCAGCGUUAGCGAGGAGAAUUGGCGGGAUAAUGCCACGUUGAUCGAUGGAAGAGGCGAUGAGGCGGAUCUCAUCACUCUUGGUCCCGUCUUCGAUCCCCGUGGAAGCGGUUGGUUCUGGGAGUACGAUGUGCAAAAUUAUCCCAAGGGGGAGGCAACUCACCGCCGCGCAUCGAUCGGCACAAAUAUGCGCAUGUCCAGGUCACUGUUGGAUGCUAUGAACGUGGUUAAUGCGGAAGCGAAAAAGUCGCUGCAUUGCGAAGCGUGGCCGACGACGCUCGUCUUGCAUUCGCAAUUACCAAUUUCGCACGAUCACUCCUUCUACCCCGAGGCUGGAUUCACACACAAUCUGCCCCUGCCUUUCAAGGGUGUCUUUGCACCUCACCCCGUCUACUUCCGACACUAUUGGGAUCCCGAAGUGCUGCACUCAAGAAUCAACAGACCCGACUUUUACAAGAAGGCAAACGAGAAAAUCAUGCGAGAUUCGGCAUUCUACUACGAUGGUGCACAUGCCAAAGAGAUCUACGUCGGUUGGAAGGCGAAGGAAUCAGUUUGCAGAGCUCCAGUCCUUUUGCACCCCAUCAAGCGCAUCAACUGA